AUGAGAUUUGUUGCUUUUGCCUUAGUUGCUUUGAUUGCUAUCAGUUAUGUUAAUGCUGAUAUCACUAACGUUGAUCCCUACAAAAAAUGUACUUCCUCAUCUUCUUCUUCUUCUUCAGGUUCAACUGUUGAUCCUUGCUCCAAAGCAUCCAAUCCUACUAGCUGUACUGCCUAAUUAGUAACAUUCGGUUUAUGUAUGGCUGCAUCUACUAACUGCGUCCCCGCUACUGCUCCUGAUGUUGCUUCCUAUAUUACUUGUUACAAGGCCUGUCAAAAUGCAAAUCCUGAUGCUAAAAUAGUAACUCAACCUUAACUUGAUUGCCUCAGUGGUUCUUUCUUAGCUUCAGCUGUUAUGAUCUUACUUAGCGUUGUUGCUUUAUUAUUCUGA